UUUGUGUGCUUGGAAAUAUUUGGAGGUUCGGUUCGGUUCUUCGUUUUUGAAUUUCAUUUAAGAGAUAGUUUGCGUUCUUCGGAAUUUGGGAGCUGGAUGGAUAAAUUUUCAGAGACUUCCAUGGACGAGGAUCUGUGGGAUUGGCCAUAUGAUCAAGGUUUCUCCUUUUUCGAUGCCAAUGAAAGCAGUUACAAUCUGGAAUCUGGAUGGCAGGCUGAUUUUUACUUUGGUAAUGGGAAAGAUGUUAUAGAAGAAAAUGCUAUGAAUGAAAAGUAUUGUGUUCAAGUACUGAAGAUUUUAAUACGGAAAGCAGAUGCUGACAUCGAUGAUCUUGAAGAAAAUCUGUUGUUGCUUCAAUGUAACCUGGCAUGGACAGAAAGUAGAAACCAAUUUGAAGCAUGCUGUACUGCUCUGAGAGAGAAGAUUGACGUUCUUGACCAUUCAAUGAAGAGCUUGAGACAAAGUGAUAAGAUUAAUACAAAUGAUCAGUCAUCAUUACAUAGACAACAGGCAGAGAAAUUGUACGAGAUUUUGAAGCCUUUUCUUGGAGACAAUUGUGAACAAGAUGAUGGGCAGGAUCAGCAUGCAACCGUGAACAACCAAAGUCCUGAUACUGAGAUGGAGUUGAUCAGUCCACUGUGUGAAACCUCAAGCAUUUUGGGGUCGAAAGUCAAAAGCGAAGAAACAGGAGUGAAGAGCAUUUUGUUGGCAGGGGAUACGAUGCCCAAUGGUUCAGUUCAAAAGCACAAGGAAAAUGAUUGCAUUCACGAUAUAGAAGUUAAGGCGAAAAUUACCACUGGUGGAUUUUGCUUAAAUUCAUUUGUGACUGAAGAAAAUAGUUGCUUGAAGACAGACGAUCGGAAACUUGUUUCAAAAGUAAAGAUUGAGGAAGCUAAGGAACACCUUAUAAAUAACUCAUCCAAGAGCAGAAGAUUGAAGUCAGCUUCAAAUGUAGUUGGCGAAUGCAACCUUCUAAAAGGACAGAAGCAAGGGAAAUCUGUUGCUGAAAAGGCCAACCCAGAUGUCCCAAGACAAAGAGAUGGACUCAGUGGAAGUAAAAGAUCUUUUGAUCCCAAUAUAGAGGAAAAGCUAAUUGAUUUUUUGUUGAGGACAAAGAGAAACAAGAGUGAUGCCGGGCCAGCUCUCCCUCAAUCCAUUGGAAUUGGUGCCUCCUCAUGUUUAUCUUCAAACACAAUAGGGAUGGUGGACAACUAUCUAAAAGCUUCGGAGACUCCAAAACCUGGUUCAUUUGACUCUUCAAAUGUUCUUAUAAUGUUGCUUACAAAACUGCAAGGUCAGCAGGGAAAUGUUAUGGUCAGAACCCACACCAAGGAGACCGACAAGUUAUUGCCGGAAGAUUCUAAUAAUGUUAAUGUUUCUCGUGAAAAGUCACAUUUGAACAUGGAUCAUAAGCGGAAAGCGUUUACUGAGAGGAGAGGAGAGAGCAAAUUACACACUUCUAUUUCAAAAGAGAAAAAGAGUCGAAAGACGGGAGCAAUUGGAGAAGAUGUCUCCUUAGAUCGGCCUCUUGAAUGGAAGCCUUCUCAGCCCAAGGCUGAGAUGCAGGAUGGUGCUUUUGACGUUGAGAAGAACUUAGGUCCUUUGUCCCAAAGCAAAGGGACUUCAAAAAUGCUGGUUGGUGAAGAGUUUAUAGAUUUAUCUCUUGUUGAUACUAGUUCAGAUCAAAUCAAACCCAACGGUGGAACUGGGGACGACAACCAAACGGUGAAGUCACGUGCCACCAUUGACGAUCAAAUAGCCAAAAUUUUAGCACUUUUACCUUCCUCAGCUCUCGAACUGCAGAAACUGACUCUAGUAGAUCUGAGGGUUAUUGCAAAGGAACUCAAUUUGACCAAAUAUCAUAAGCUUCGCAAAACGGUGCUGCUCGAUCUGCUUGUUAGCCGGUUGAAAAGCUAUUAGGUCAACAACAUAUUAUAUUGAGGUUGGUUUGUUUUAUUUUGUCUUUAAUCAGUUUCUUAGUUUAAUGGAAAAUCAUGUAAGAAAGAAAGGAUACACAUA